AUGCCAGAGCACCGCAUGAUGCAUGCUGACAACAGCAGCAUGCCACAGCACCGCACGAUGCAUGCUGACAACAGCAGCAUGCCACAGCACCGCAUGAUGCAUAGUGACAACAGCAGCAUGCCACAGCACCGCAUGAUGCAUGCUGACAACAGCAGCAUGCCACAGAACCGCAUGAUGCAUAGUGACAACAGCAGCAUGCCACAGCACCGCACGAUGCAUGCUGACUACAGCAGCAUGCCACAGAACCGCAUGAUGCAUGCUGACAACAGCAGCAUGCCACAGCACCGCAUGAUGCAUAGUGACAACAGCAGCAUGCCACAGCACCGCAUGAUGCAUAGUGACAACAGCAGCAUGCCAGAGCACCGCAUGUUACAUGCUGACAACAGCAGCAUGCCACAGAAUCGCAUGAUGCAUAGUGACAACAGCAGCAUGCCAGAGCACCGCAUGUUACAUGCUGACAACAGCAGCAUGCCAGAGCACCGCAUGAUGCAUAGUGACAACAGCAGCAUGCCACAGCACCGCACGAUGCAUGCUGACAACAGCAGCAUGCCACAGCACCGCACGAUGCAUGCUGACAACAGCAGCAUGCCACAGCACCGCAUGAUGCAUGCUGACAACAGCAGCAUGCCACAGCACCGCAUGAUGCAUGCUGACAACAGCAGCAUGCCACAGCACCGCAUGAUGCAUACUGACAACAGCAGCAUGCCACAGCACCGAUGA